AUGAAUUUCUUGAGUGAAGACAUAUUCUUUUUAUCUCUUCCAUCUUCAUUGCUUCUUUUUGACAUAUUCUUUUUAUCUCUUCCAUCUUCAUUUCUUUCUUUUUGUGAAGACAUAUUCUUUUAUCUCUUCCAUCUUCAUUGUUUCUUUUUGCUUGAAUUUCUUGGUGAAGACAUAUUCUUUUUUAUCUCUUCCAUCUUCAUUCUUCUUUUGAAUGAAUUUCUUGAGGUAAGACUUCUUUUUUCUCUUCCAUCUUCAUUGCUUAAUAAUUUCUUGAGUGAAGACAUAUUCUUUUUAUCUCUUCCAUCUUCAUUGUUUCUUUUUGAUGAAUUUCUUGAUGAAGACAUAUUCUUUUUUCUCUUCCAUCUUCAUUGCUUUUUUGAAUAUGAUUUCUUGACAUAUUCUUUUUUUCUCUCUUCCAUCUUCAUUUCAUUGCUUCUUUUGAAUGAAUUUCUUGGUGAAGACAUAUUCUUUUUAUCUCUUCCAUCUUCAUUUCUUAGUUUCUUUUCUCUUCCAAUUCAUUGCUUCUUUUUGAAUAAUUUCUUGAGUGAAGACAUAUUCUUUUUCUCUUCCAUCUUCAUUCUUCUUUUUUUGAAUAAUUUCUUGAGUGAAGACAUAUUCUUUUUAUCUCUUCCAUCUUCAUCGCUUCUUUUUGAAUGA